UACAUAUUGCCAGAUCGGUGAAAUUAACAGGGUGGCAAGCUUUCGGUCGGCUGGCAACUCUAAACUAUAGUGUUGGUUUGUGGUUCUGUUUGUUGCGUUUAUAAUAAUAAUAACAAAAACAGAAAGCAAAACAUGAGUUUCUCCGAAAAUUCGUCGGAUUCCGAUUGGAAGGAGGCAAAGAUUAAAGUGAAACUAAACAGCAGUGGAAAUGCAAGUGGAAAACAGAAAUAUUGUCAAAAGUUCUGUGAAAAGUGGCUAAAUCUGUUUGAGCCUUGGCUAAGACGCUCAGCCGAUGAUCCCAACAAGCCGUUCUGUCGCGCCUGUCAGUGUCGCCUCGACUGCAAUCGCUGCCAUCUCGUGAGACACGAACGCACCACGAAGCACAAACGAAAUCUCGAAUCGCUGAUCACGAAAGGCGAAGGCGCUGUGCGAAAGGAAUUGAGUGUGCGACAGGAACGCAGCAAAUAUUAUCAUCAGCGAAAGAGAGCGCUAAAGGCAUUAAAGCUAAAGCAGGAGAUUGUCGAGCCUGUAGCUGAGGAGAACAACCAGCUGCAGGAGAGGCAUGUGGAGCGGGAGGAGAGGUCUGAGACAGAGACAACAACAGUCGUGAAUACUGAAAGUGCAAUUGAAGAAAGCUCUCACAACUUUCAAGUAAUUGAAGCAACAGUUCAAUCUCAAUCUUCGUUAUCAAACAACGCCCGAAUUCCAACAACAACAAAAGCAGCGACAAUAAAAACAAGCCCGCCUUCCGUUACAAACUCAGCAUCGAAUCGAAAGGAAGGCCUAAAACUUCUAAUGCAAAUUCAACAGGAUAAGAACGAGCUAAUGGAGUCUUUCCGUGAACUGAUUGGCGUACAAUUACCGCAAGCAUUGCCACCCAGAGAGAAAAAUCAUGUGGAUCUAUUUUUCGAAAGCGUCAGUUCGAGUGUUAAGGCGCUUUGCCCGAAACUUGUGGCCGAGGCAAAAAUGCGCGUAUCUCAACUAAUUUGCGAGCUGGAACUGCGUGCACUUAAAGAUAAUAAUAGUGCAAAUGGGGACUCGAUAAAUGUAGAAAUGCCAAUUCCGUUAACGAUACCACAAUCAAGCACCGAACAACACAGCAUUUCUUCUCAUCAUCCUCAAUUUGGAGGUUUGACCUAAGAUCAAGGCCGACCGUAUCGUUAUAUCAUAAAUAUAAUUAGAAUUAAUUUGUAUAGAGCUUUUAAUUAAAUUUAUAAUAUAACGUUUUUAAAUCAAG